UUUGCUUCAACCAAACGCAUAUCUAAUUAGAUGUCUAGAAAUAUUUGAAUUUCAUUUUUUUAUUGUCAGGUGAGUUUGUGCGCAUUUCUUUUUUAUUUGUUGAGACUUACAUUUGGUAAUUACGACGUUGACUAUUUGUGUUUUAUCCAGAGAUGGUGAACUAUCAACGAGCGAUUUGCAGAAAAUGGUUCAAGCAUUACCUGAGUAUAGCAAGCAAAUUGACAGGCUUUCUCUACAUGUUGAGAUAGCCGGGAAGAUUAACAAUGUAAUUAGAGAACUGGGACUUCGAGAACUUGGGCAACUGGAACAGGAUCUCGUCUUUGGAGAUGCAGGGACUAAAGACUUGAACAACUUUUUAAGGACGAAGGAGGAUGUUACUCCGGAAAAUAAGCUCCGUUUAUUGAUGAUAUAUGCAUCUAUCUUCCCUGAGAAGUUUGAAGGUGAUAAAGGAGAAAAACUGAUUCAGCUGGCAAGAUUAUCACCGGAUGAUGUAAGUGCUGUGCACAAUAUUAGAUACUUGAUAUUACCUGAGGGCAAGAAAGCAUCUGGAGGUUUCUCACUUAAGUUUGAUGGUUAUAAGAAGAAGAAUGCAGCUCGGAAGGACCGUAGUGAUGAAGAGGAGACAUGGCAACUAUCAAGAUUUUAUCCUAUUAUAGUGGUAUGAAUUGCGUUUAUAAUCAUAUUUUUUAGUUUUCAAGCUUGUAAGCAUGUCUAAUCGUUGCAUAUAUGACUUUGUUUUG